AUGGGUGAUUUGAAAUUAACAUUAGGCAUUCCUCCAUCUUUAUUGCAUAUGAGCUUUUUACAAAAAGCUCUAGGCAGUACAACUUCCGCAUCAAUUAUUCACAGUUAUAAGAUUAGUUUCAAUGGAUUUGUCGCUCUAUUAACUAGUGAUGAAGUUCAACGAAUUUCAUCGAUACAAGGAGUGGUGUCAGUAUUUCCAAACAAAAUCAAUCAAAUACAGACAACAAGAUCGUGGGAUUUCAUGGGAUUUUCACAAACAGUAAAAAGAGCAACAACAGUGGAGAGCAACACCAUUAUUGGAGUAAUCGAUACCGGAAUAUGGCCCGAGUCCGAUAGCUUUAAGGAUACGGGAUUUGGACCAACACCAACUAAGUGGAAGGGCUCGUGUAAAGGAUUAACCAAUUUCACUUGCAAUAACAAAAUAAUCGGAGCAAAGUAUUACAAAAUCAAUGGAGUCUUCGGCGAAAAUGACAUCCAAUCUCCAAGAGACUCUGAGGGUCAUGGAUCUCAUACAGCUUCAACGGUCGCCGGCGAUCUUGUUACUUCGGCAAGCUUUUCCGGUCUCGCUAGCGGCACAGCUCGAGGAGGAGUCCCGUCUGCGCGGAUCGCUAUAUAUAAAGCCUGUUGGUCCGACGGUUGCUCAGACGCCGACAUCCUCGCAGCAUUCGAUGAUGCUAUCAAUGAUGGGGUUGACUUAAUAUCAAUUUCUAUCGCAUUCUCCGUUGCUAGACCCUAUUUCAGUGAUUCAAUAGCUAUUGGGAGUUUUCACGCCAUGAGAAAAGGAAUUCUUACGUCAAUGGCUGCUGGAAACGCAGGUCCUGCAUCUGGGACUAUCUCGAAUGUUUCUCCAUGGGCACUUUCAGUUGCAGCAAGCACGAUUGAUCGCAAAUUCUUUACCAAUUUGAAACUGGGUAACGCUGCAACAUUUCAGGGAGUUGCACUGAACACUUUUGAUCCGAAUGGUUUCUCCCCUAUAGUGUAUGGUGCUAAUGUUCCAAAUACAACCGGAAAUGUUUCAAGUUCUUUAUCUAGGUUGUGCCAAAAGAACUCAUUAGAUGCUACACUGGUAAAAGGAAAGAUUGUUGUUUGUGACCAAUUCAAUUUAGGGGAAGGGGCUCUUUUGGCUGGUGCAGCUGGUAUGGUGAUACGAGGAGAUGGACCCAAAAACUAUGCUAUCGUGUUUUCCCUACCAGCAACUUACGUUAGUGUUAACGAUGGAAACAUCAUCCUGGCUUAUAUUAGCACAACAAGCAAUGCAACUGCGAGCAUAUUGAAGAGCAAUCAAGUUGUGGAUGAAUUUGCGCCAAAUAUUGCAGGCUUCUCAUCUAGGGGACCGAAUCCUUUAACAUCUGACAUUCUCAAGCCGGAUUUGUCUGCGCCUGGUGUUAACAUCUUGGCAGCAUGGACACUUGCAAUUUCUCCUACGGGAAUACAAGCAGAUAAUAGAAGACUUCCAUUUAAUAUCAUAUCGGGCACAUCAAUGGCUUGCCCACAUGCUACAGCUGCGGCUGCUUAUGUCAAAUCCUUUAAUCCGUUGUGGUCUCCAUCUGCUAUAAAAUCUGCUCUUAUGACUACAGCCUUUGAGAUGAGUGCAAAGACCACUCCACAAGCAGAAUUUGGUUAUGGAGCAGGUCACAUAAACCCUGUAGCAGCCAUUGAUCCUGGUCUUGUGUACGAUGCCAAUCAAACCGACUAUUUGCAGUUCUUGUGUGGGCAGGGCUACACCGACAAGGAGUUGCAAAUUGUGUCGGGUGACAGCAGCACCUGCACCAGUUUUGGGAAUGAGACUGUUUGGAAUUUGAACAUGCCUUCAUUUUCUGCCAGUGUCCUUCCUUUACUUACUUUUAAAGUCACCUUCAGUAGGAGAAUUACCAAUGUUGGAUUGGCACCAUCUACUUACAAUGCCACGGUUCUUGCUCCAGCGACACUGAAAAUACAAGUGGUGCCCAAUAUACUUUCUUUCAAUAGUGUCGGACAGACUCAGUCAUUCACGAUGACUGUUGAGGGAAUAGUUACUCUAGGGUCUGUCGUCUCUGGUUCUUUGUCCUGGGUUGAUGCAACACACAAAGUGAGAAGCCCCAUUGUUGUUUUUUCUAGUAUAUAAACAAGAAGCUUGGUUCCUAGAGAACCAAUGUUCAUGGUGUGGUGUGUUGUGCUUUGUCUUCGGGACACUUUAAGAUGUGUUAAGUUCAUUGUUUUCUUACAUUUGUGGUUGUUUUAUGUCUAUGCAAGUUUCAAAUUAUAAAAAACAACUAUGU